UCGUUGAUAAGGAGUGAGCCUUAUCCCAGUGCCGCCCCAUCGUGACCUUCGUGUCUUGGCGGAGUCCAGCCGAAGGAAGCAUCACUUGCUCUGGUUGGCCCCUCCUCGUCCUCGGCUUCCUUCCCCAGAGUCCCAGGAGCCACUGUUCUCCCUCGCCUGAACCUCCCAGUGCAGCCAGCCUGUCUGUGAGCUGUGUGCCCGGCGUUUCCUGAAGCCUGUGUGAUAUAUUAAGAGGCUGUGCUCACUGUCGAAGGCAACCAUCUGUUACAAAGUGCUGACACAUUUGUUCUGAUGGCAGCGCUGGGAAGGAAUCUAACAGAGCUGCAAUGGGGUGGUGAGGACAGAGAGCAGCUGACAGCUUUGAAACCCCACAGGGGGGCGGAGGAAGUCUCUAUGGGAACCAGGAAGAGCCAAAACACUCUAUGCAAGCAACCCCGUUGGCAGUGCGGGAGGUAUCAGUCAAAGAAUAACGGGCUCCAGUUCCUCUUGGGCUUUGGGCGGCAUUUACCGCGGAGGAAAAUGACGCUGUGUUUUGCGCAAAGAGGCCAAGGAGCAGCUGGAAGGGGAGGAAGCGACGUUGUGCACUCUCAAAGCCCGGCUAGCGACUGGGACCCCCGCCCCCUCUGGCUGUCCCUCCUGCGAGGACAGUGGCCCACCUGCUUCAUCAGCUUCCAUCCGACGGCUACUGCUGGGGGCACACACACAGCAGAGGGGGCCUGGUGCCGUCCCCGUGGGCUCCCGGGAGGAGGGGGCCCCGGCCGGGCUCUGAGCCCUGGCACUGCCUGCCCGGUGUGUGGAGCGCUGGGCACGGUGGCCUCAGAAAGCUGGCCUGGCCCGGGGGGCCUGGUCCCGUGCCCUGUCCUUAUUGCCCCCUUGUGUGCUGUGGCUCCCUCUGAGUCGUCUUUCCUCCAGUGCCCUUGA